CUCCGCAUUCCUUCUUCAACCCAACAAUCAUUCAUUUCUCUUUCUUGUUUCCUAUAGCAUAUGUCUCAGAGACCUAACAUUCCUCACUUCUCCUCUGUAGCCUUCGGUCUCCAUUCCCAUCUCCUGGUUUCCAGUGAGAUGAACCCCAACUCCAACUGGUCCUCCUUUUCUCUUUAAACAAUCCCAUCUUUCUUUCUCUCAUCUUUUCUUUUCUUUCUUCCUUUCUUUUCCCGGAAAAGAUAACAAAAGCCCUGAUUUUUGCCAAUUCUUUAGUUUAUUAACCAACUGAGAUUGUUGUUUUGAUUCUUGUUAAGCUUUUGAAAAAUGGGUUUGAAAGGUUUUGUUGAAGGAGGCAUAGCUUCAAUUAUUGCUGGGUGCUCCACCCACCCUCUGGACCUUAUUAAGGUGCGUAUGCAACUCCAAGGGGAAACACACGCACCAAAUCCUGCCGCCGCACAGAGUCUCCGGCCGGCUCUUGCCUUCCACACCACCACUCCUGGAACCACCCUUCAUGUGCCUCAACAACCAUUCCCCACUCCAGUACCUCGUGUUGGUCCCAUCACUGUAGGUGUCCGUAUCGUCCAGCAAGAAGGUGUGGCUGCGCUUUUUUCAGGUGUUUCCGCCACCGUCCUCCGGCAGACCCUCUACUCCACUACCCGGAUGGGGCUCUACGAUAUCUUGAAACAGAAAUGGACUGAUCCUAACACCAAAACCAUGCCUUUAACCAGCAAGAUUGUUGCCGGGCUUAUAGCAGGUGGUAUCGGUGCAGCCGUUGGAAAUCCAGCAGAUGUAGCGAUGGUCCGCAUGCAGGCGGACGGGCGUCUUCCACCAGCUCAGCGCCGGAACUACAAGAGCGUUGUCGAUGCAAUCACGCGCAUGGCAAAGCAAGAAGGCAUUACAAGCCUUUGGCGUGGGUCAUCGCUGACGGUGAACCGGGCCAUGCUGGUGACAGCAUCGCAGCUAGCAUCAUACGAUCAAUUCAAGGAAACAAUCCUGGAAAAAAGAUUGAUGAGCGAUGGGCUUGGAACCCACGUGACAGCGAGUUUCGCUGCUGGGUUUGUGGCAGCGGUAGCAUCGAACCCAGUGGACGUGAUAAAGACAAGGGUGAUGAACAUGAAGGUGGAAGCAGGGGAAGCGCCACCGUAUGCAGGGGCGUUGGAUUGCGCGAUAAAGACGGUGAAGGCGGAGGGGCCGAUGGCGCUUUACAAGGGAUUUAUACCAACGAUUUCAAGACAAGGCCCUUUCACGAUCGUGCUGUUUGUGACAUUGGAGCAGGUCAGGAAGCUGCUCAAAGAUUUCUGAUGUCGACGAAAAUUGAACUUUUUAUAUCGGAUCGAGUUUUUUGAAGGUUGGGUUUUGGAAAUUCUCAAAUUGGGUUUUUUUUUUUAAAAAAAAAUAAU